CCUCCUCAGUUUGUGUUGAACCGUCUACGAGGCAACGCGAGGGUCCGUUUGUUUGUGGUAAUCUCGGUCCUCGUUCGGAACGAACCAAAAUAGAACCGAUUCUUUUGGGUGAUUUUUUGGGCACUUUCGGGUGUUUGGAAGUGCGCUAAUUGUGUGUUCAAAGUGAGUUUGACUCGUGAAGCGUUUGUCGAAGGUGUAGUUGAUGUGGAGUUUGGCGUUUUCGGGUGUGAAAAGUGUGCUUUUGUCCGUCGAGUUCCGAGAAGGAAGAUUUUCUCAAUUUCUUGGUGAUGAAAUAAUUCCAAUGAAUUUUGCGCGCGUGUGUGUGUGAGCGAAGAAGUUUGUUUUGCUUGCAUCGGUGUGAGUAUCUCUCGUCUUAAGAUGCAAAUCUUUGCGUUGAGAGAAUGUAAGUUUUGAGGGAUUACCAGAGGAAAAUCUUAAACAGUGCAUCACAAACAAAAUCGAGCCGUGUUUGUAAGGAAAAGUGCGAAAAUUGGUGCGAUUUUGGUGCAUCGUUUUCCACACCUUUGCGCAAGUGUUGGUGACGGGGAAGAGAUCUAGAGUGCGACGACGACGUAAACAUACGGGAUUGGUCACCACGACUACCGCAUCGCGUGCGCACGUGUGUAUAUGUUUGUGUGCACUCACACACCCACACCACCGUCACACUUUGCCACCCAAAGUGUGCUGCGAUGGCAGGCAAGGUUAUCGUCAUCUAAUUUUCAUGAAUGAAUUUUUAUUCCCCGUUCCCCGUUGGCGAAUGUGAUCAGCGCAGAUCGCAGUAGUCUCGAAAAACAACAACAAACAACACAUUAGUCAGUCGUCAGUCGUUUAGUGUAUUUGUAAGUGUUUUUGUGUGUGCAAAGGCCUGGCCUACUCCGCCGCCAAAGGAAGUAAAAAUUAAAAUAUUUACAAUUUCGUUUGACGUCUUAUCGGCGCAAAAGUGCAUUUCAAGUGAUAAGGCUUGCUGCGAGCAAAAGGAAAAAAACACAAAGUUGCAGCUGCGCGCGUGGUGGAUUACUACUUUUGAGCUCAGUCGGCGACGGCGGCACAGAUAAAGCACUUUUUUUGCGCUCAAUCCGGAAAUUUUUCGCCUGCCGAAGGACACCCCCGAGCGCGCACGUGCCCCUCUCCUCCACAACCGUCUCGUCCGAUGGUCCGAAGUUGCUGCUAGUCCACUCUCCCUCUCUCGUACUCACUGAUGGGGGCCAGGCACAGUCGCCGGCAGCACCACCAACAACACCAAGUCGAAGAACAGCAGCAGCACCAGUCGACGUCAACAGCUGGACACGAAGACGUGGACCGGCUCGAUGUAGACCAGUUGGACGGAUAUCAACAGGAAAGUGCGAACAGUAACAACAACAAUAAUUUGGUGAUUACGAUUUGUAUGCUGAAGAUGGAACCGAGUGAGGAGCAGCAGCAGGAGGAGGUGCAAGGAACGACACAGCAGGAGUUCACCGGAGGCGGUUCACUGGAAGCGUCGUCUUCUUCGUCGGGAGAAGGCGCCAAAUGUGGCUGUUAUGAGAAUAACAAUUGUUCGACGACACCCACGACUGCUUCCGCUUCGUUUUCCGCCGAGCCUACCUUCAGGGGCAGUCGAAGCAACUCGCUCUCGAAGCAGGCCAUGACGACGACAGCAAACGCCAAAUGUGGCUGCAAUUGUAACGACAGUGUCAACAAUAACAACGAACCUGCCCUUCCAACGCCAACACCACAAUCGUCCUCGGCUGCGGCCACCACUUCCACUUCCGCUGUCAACGAUUACGCAAACAACAACAGUACCAACAAUCCCAGCUCGGAAGCUGCCCUGAUCAGCGACCUGCUCAGCGGCCAUCAUCAUUUGUUGCAUCACCACCAUCACCAUCACCACCACCAUCACAUGCCGUCGUGGGCGACCUCGCCGGGCACGUUCCUGGCGGUGACCACGUCCGCCACGCCCCCAGCUUCCUCCGUUACGAUCUGUGAUAGCAGCAGCAACACUUCCACGAUGAGCACCAACGCCAGCGUCCUGAACCGAACCAUGCAGCAGCACCAGCAGCAACUGCGCCAGCAACAACAGCAACUGAUGGCGUCCGGAAGUUCCGUUCCGGAAUCGGCAUCAUCCGGACCUGUCAGUCCGAGCCUGAUGGUGACGGCCAGUGCCGUGUGUGAGAUGAGUGACAAGUUGAGCGAUUUGAAGCUGGACGACGAGAGGCGGCGACGUCACAGCGAAGAGCAUCCGUUCAGUGUGGGGGAGUGUCCGCGGUGUGCGGUGGCGUCCCAGCAGGGCACUGUGGCGAGUGAGGAGAAGAUUCUGAACACGACGCCGGGCAGUGAGACGAAAGAAUCGACGACGACGACGACGGCGAAGGUCGUGUCAGCGGCAACAAACCCGAAAUCAUCCGCCACCACAUGCUGUCGACAGCCUCCGACGAUGACGACGACGCCGACUCCGACGCCACAACAGAGCUCGACGACGACGACGCUGCUCAGUUCGCUCACAUCCGCCGGUAAGAAGUCACGCGGCUGCAAGUGCUGCCGCGGAUCUGCCAGCUGUGCCAACAACAACAACAACAGUCAACAGCAGUCGAAGAGUGGUUCGAGUUCCGUGGCGGCCAGCAGCGCGUCCUCGACCGGGGCCAAGUCGAAAAAGGGCAACUGGGGACUCAAGUUCAACUGUGCCAAACUGAGGGGAGCCUCAAAGUCGUCAUCGGCAGUGGCAGGAGCUAGCGGUAGUGGUUCCAGUAGUAGUAGUAAUAGUGCGGCUCCGGUGGCGGCGGCGGCGGCGGCGGCGACUACGUCCUCGGCGGCACCGAUGGCAAGCAGCAGUAGUGCGACGACGAGUUCGAUUAUCGGGGGUGCCACCGGAAGGUUGCUGAGGAGUGAAUCGGAAAAAGUGGAUUCAUGCGUUUGUACCGCGUACCGCAAAGUGGACGACAUUCCGGCAAUCCCCAUCAGCAACGGAUAUCCGCUGUCGGCGAGUUCGUUGGCGCUGAUGCCACAUCACCACGCGGCGGCCGCACUGCACCACCACCACCACCAUUUGGAGGCACCGACGUCGGCGUCCAACGGCGGUCCCGGCGGCGGUGGAGGAACGGCGGCAGCGGCCACUAAUCAACCGCAGCAGCAGCAGCAGCAGCAGCAGAACCACGCAUUCCUGUUCCCGUCGGAGCAUCACGGGCAUCACCAUCCGGGCACGACCACGACCAUCAUUCACCGCAUCGAUGGCAACACGGCCCAGGCGCUGUACGGCAGUUUGGGCGCCGGUGGCCACCACGGAGGCAACUCGGUGAUUGUCGUUUCCGGUGCUGGCAUGUUCGACAUCUCGAGGUUCAACAGCAGCGAUGAGUUCUCGCUGGAAGACUGCGACGAACGGGCGCGGUUGCAGCGCGAGCUGGAGAUCCGCGAAGGUGUCGACGCGCCACCCAACUUUACCCCCCGCGCGCUAAUGUCCGGUGGGACGUUGACCGGUGGGACGGCACUGGGUGCCGUCGGCGGAGCCGCCGGAGUUGCCCAAGCCAACCAGAUUGCAUUCGUGUGCUCGCCGGAAACUUCGUCGGCGCUGAGUUUGCUCCAGCGCGGGCUCAUGCUCCAGAACCAGCAUCUGAUGCAUGCCGAAGAAAUGCCCCGAGUGCACUCACAGGUCGACUUCAUUCACUGUCUGGUUCCGGACCUGCAGAAGAUCACUAGCUGCUGCUUCUACUGGGGCAAGAUGGACCGGUACGAGGCGGAGAAGCUGCUGGACGGAAAGCCCGAGGGGACGUUCCUGCUGCGCGAUUCGGCCCAGGAGGAGUUUCUGUUUUCGGUGUCGUUCCGGAAGUACAGCCGGUCGCUGCACGCGCGCAUCGAGCAGUUUAACCACAAAUUUAGUUUCGACUCACGCGAUCCCGGCGUGUACACGGCCUCCACCGUGACCGGUCUGCUCGAGCACUACAAGGACCCGUCCUGCGUGAUGUUCUUCGAGCCGAUGCUGACGUACCCGCUGAACCGGAACUUUACCUUCUCGCUGCAGCAGCUGUGCCGGGCCACGAUCGUCAGCAACACCACGUACGACGGCAUCAACGGCCUGCCGCUGCCCAAGUCACUCAAGUCGUACCUGAAGGAGUACCACUACCGGCAGCGGAUCCGCAUCCGGCCGCUGGACGAGCACCUGUACUCUGGCAUCUAGUACGGCCAAGGCCAAGGGGCGACGGCGGAGGACGAGGAGUGGUGGGAGGGUGGGGAGCGACCGCGGCGGCGGAUGCGACGGAGACGGCGCCGGACGCGGUCACAGCGGAAUCGGGGUGGUGGCCACAAGGACAAUUACUGGGCCGGUCUGCUCGAGGUGGACGAUAAUUGGCCCGACCUUGAGCGGCGCGGAAUGGUGGGUCGCGAUUUGGGUCACCUCAUUGCGGCGGCCAUCGCGCAAGAACGGGAAGAGCGGGAACAGGCGCGGCGCGUCCGCACGGAGAAGAUUGUCCAGAAGCUGUUUUGCUGCUUCCGGGGCUGAGUGUGUGCGUGUAAAUUGUCCUGUAUUUGUAAAUAGCACAUCUAAAUCACACACACACAUUGAUUCAGUUAUUCCUUAUUAUUUAUGCCAAUUGUUGUUAUCUAAGUUAUUUGUCUUUUUCACACACACUCAAAUUAUUAGACCAUUCUAGUUGCGCUUUGCAAACUGUACAUGUGUUAACGCGCGCGUUAUGAUAAUUGUUUAUAACAUUCUUUCGUCGCCUUAGUGAAUUAUGUUACGAUUUAAGCUAGUAGAAGCAAACAGUUUCCUUCCUAAAUAUUUAUAGUGACUGAAGCCGUACAAGCAAGUUAGAAAGAGAGAGAGAGCAACCUUAGAAAAGACUAGUGAAUCUCAAAUUAGUUGAAGAGAAAGCGGUACGGAAUUUAGAAGCAGUUUUCGUUGUUUUUGUUACAGUUCUUAGCACAGAUCAGUUUCCAAAUCUAAUCUUAGUAGGCGACAAGCGCUCUCCAGUUGCCACAGUUGAUCACUCUCAAAAACGCAAAUAAACAAACUCAACAACAACAAAUCAAACCCAGUAUUCGAAGCUUUCUUCACUCUUAACAAAACAAAACAAA